AUUUUUUCUUGGUCAAUAGUUCACCAGCAAAUCUGCACACCAACAGGCAGCUACAACAACAGCAACGGCGUUGGACAACGAGAAAACCAAGCCGCAGCACUCGCACUGGGAUUCGGGCUGGAAGCGUUGCCACCAAGCCCAGAAAACCGACUCCCCUAGAGGCUGAGCAGCAAAAGCAGCAACAACAAAAACAACAACAGCAACAAUCAACACGACAACUUUUCCUUAAAAUGAAUCUCCUAAUGGUUUGCGUCCUCUUAUUGGUAGCAUUAGUCUGCCAACCGACAUUGAUUUAUGGGCUAAGAGGUUCCCAUAGCUCGAACGCUGCUGCUGCUGCUGCCGCCACCACCACCGACGCUGCAGACCAGCGAAAUGUCAAAACAUUUGGCGGUAAAGUGAAACGUUCGCAUUCACAUUCCCUGCACGCCUCUCCGGCUGAGCUAGCGAGUGCCAAGUUGGUGAUGUCUCUGGAGUCGGGUGAUGUAUUGGUGAAGCGUACAGCGCGUGGUACAAAUGUUGAAGGCGUCGAUGACAGCGCUACGCCCGUUGAUACGGCAGCAGCUACCGUUGGGAACAGCGGCAAGCGCAACAAAAACGGCAAUAACAACAACAAGAAGCUAAAUAAGAGUCCAGAUGGAUCGAAUGGUGGACGCAGCAAACAGGAAAAAAGGUACUCGGCUACGAUUGGCAGUCAAGUACAACAGCAACAACAGCAACAGCUGCAGCAUCAUGGACACCAUGGUAGCGGCAACGGCAACGGCAACGGCAACGGCAACGGCAAUGGUAAUGGCAAGGGCAGACAGCGUCAACAGCUGAGAUCACAACAACAGCAUCAGGGACAUGGCAAACGCGGCGGUAAUGGCGGCAAUGGCAACGGUGGUAAUGGUGCGGGCGCCAAGUUGCGAACGGAAAGUGUGGAGAAGACAUCAACGGCUGAAAAGUCACGUAAGUAA